CCGGCCCACAGCAGCUGCCUGAACCAUGAAGCUGGUGGCAGUCCUCAUGCUGACCGCCCUCCCCCUUUACUGCUAUGCGGGGUCCGGCUGUGAAACUUUGGAGACUGUGAUCUCUAUGACUGCUAAUCGUAAUGUGAGCGUGAGUGAAUUAAUCAAUUACGUUCAAGAUUUCAUACCAGGUGAAGAUACUGAAAAAGCCAUAAUAUUCCUGAAAGAAGGCUUUUUCCAUCUGAGUGAAGAGACUGUGGAGAAGUUUCUAGAGCUGCAGGAAAUGAUAUUCAGCAGCUUUUGGUGUGCUCAGUACUAACUUCCACACGACCUCAGAGACUGUUCACACACCGACUGUUCACAGGUAGAAGCCACAGCUCAGCUUUCCUUCUUCAUCUUUG